AUGAAAACAGUGAUGGAUUUUUCUCCUGAAUAUAACGAUAAACUUUUUAUAGUACAAAAUGUAAAUAGUGUUAGUAAAAAUGACAUUACAGAGAAGAAAAUAAGUCACGAUUUGCAAGCUGGGAAUCGUCUGAAGAAAGUUUUAACUGAGUUUAGUAACAGUACAACUAUUCACGGAUGUCGUUUCAUUGGUGAAUCCAAUUCUUCAUCACUGAAAAGAAUCGUAUGGUUAUGUCUGAUGUUGUUAUUCUUUGGACUGCUAGUGUUCCAGAUUGUUGAUCGUAUGUUGUACUACUAUAGCUGGCCAAUGACGGUUAACAUGAAAAUGAAUUUUAACAGAACAUUAAAGUUUCCUGCAAUUACUCUGUGUAACCAGAAUGCAUUCAAAGCAAGUCUUGCUGCAGAUCUCGGCCGGUAUCGUCUAUUAGAAGCCAUGCACUCGUCUGAUGGGACAGUAAAUACUACAUUUAUAUUGAAAGAAGGAGGAAAUAUAUCACUAGAAAACCUUUACCUAUCGUCAGCUCAUCAAAAAGAAGAUUUAAUUUUUGAAUGCAUUUGGAAAGGUAAUAAGUGUGGACCAGAAGACUUUGAGAUCAGUUUGACAGACCAUGGAGUCUGUUAUACAUGGAAUAAAAAAGAUGUGUCAGUUUCAUCACCAGGUGUGGAGAAUGGUUUACGGUUAAAACUAAAUGUUGAACAGAAUGAGUAUAUGCCUGGCCCCCACAAUUCUGCCGGGCUAAAAUUCCUGUUGCAUGAUGGGGCCGAUAUCCCUAUGGUUCAUGAUUUAGGACAAGCUGUAUCAAUUGGUUCACAUGUCUUCAUUGGGGUAAAACUACUAGAGGUUAACAACUUACCCGAGCCACACGGGAAAUGCAGUGAAAGAGACCUGAAAUAUUUGGAAAGGUAUUCCAAAAUUGGUUGUAAAAUGGAUUGUUUAUCAACAUUAGCCGAAGAGACAUGUGGUUGUAGACAUAUUUAUAUGCCACAUAAACAUGGCAAACCAGAAAUCUGCGAUAUCUAUGAAUACUACACUUGCUUGGAACAACUUAUUUCUUCAUUUAUGUCACUAGCUGAACAAACAUGCAAUUGUCCAAUUCCAUGUUCAAUGCAUGAUUUUGAAACCGAUUUAUCAUAUGCAACCAUAUCAGAGUACGCUAUCGACAAAUUCUUAAACAAAAAUAACUCGGUCAGUCUCGCUAAGAAGCUGAUACAAGCUAAGGAAGUGACUUCCCGCAUGGACCAAGUAAAAUUUGAAGAGCUACACGAAGUCGCAGAAAAUUUUGAUGAAAAAUUUGAAGAAAUAGAAUCUUUAUUUGAAAAUGAACUGCAUAAUGCUAUUCACACUUUGGAACAUUCAUUGGAAGAAGAGUCCGAUCAUAUCACAUCGGUCUGUGAAUGGAAAUUGUUUGUAUAUGAAUAUCAAGAGUAUGUUGUACUUAAAAGUUUCGUCCGAUAUAGGGAUGCAUUUGAAGAACGUCAUGCCCAUAUUGUUGCCUUAGGAUACAAAGAGUAUAUUCUAUCAAUUGAGCAUAAAAUAAAAUAUCUUCAAAAUCUUGAUAUGUCCAAAACGUCUCUUCGAGAAAGUAUGUAUCUGGAUACAUUGAACGUCUUAGAUAACAGGAUAGAAAUAAUCCGAAGGACUAUUUCGAACUAUACAAGACUGAUCACAGGCUACGACACUGGUAUACAGAUUUUUAGUUAUAAAUACAAGAAUUUACCAAAGAAGGAUAACGCGUAUGUCAUUCCCAAACAUUUAAUGAAAGAGUCGUUGAUUCUGAGCAAUGAAACGUCAGGUAAUGUCGAAAUGUAUAAAACGCACCUUUUUGAGACGAUCGAAAUUUUAAACAGUCUUAAAAGAUUAAACAAUGAGUCUUUUUUUCAUAGUACCGUUAACGCUUCUGAAUUAGAAACAUAUGUACAAUCAUUUCAAACAGCUAUAGAAAAUUGGUUAAAUGCUCGACAGUUUGUAUAUAAUGAAGUUAUAGAAAACCCCUUGAAUGUAUUGAAAAGUAGGAAAGAUGAAUUUGAAAGAAGUUGCUAUAGAUUAAAAGAUGUCAUUGUAUCAGCAACGACGAAUAUUGAAUCAAUUGACACAAAGAUAGAAACAGUCGAAGAAACACUAUUUGAACCGAUUCACGUGGGUCAUGACUUAGUCCACGAAUAUCUGCACGAUGGAAACGGUUUAAAGUAUAAAAUCGCCGAAAAUUUCACUUCAGGUGACAUGUUACAAGGGACAUCAAAUUUACAAACUUUGCUGCUCGAACUUUUAACAGAAGAAUCUGCAUUGAGAAAUAUUUUGGUGGAAAUGAAAUCCCUAGCUAUUCAGAUUUAUAAAACUGUUAUAGAAGAUGAAGAUUCAUUUACUUACUAUAAUUACACAGGCAAUGUCCAGUUUUUGCAAAAUUUCACUGACGUUCUAAUAGAAAUUGAGAAGAACUACACCGAAUAUAUUGAAACAGUAAAUUUUUACGGCAUAGUAGGAGAAAAAGGACUUGAAUUUGUAAAGUCAACUGAUGAUGUCAUUGCAUAUUUCCAAGAAUAUUUAAGCACAUUAAAAUUAGAUGCACAGUACAUCAGGGAGAACUUUGCUCAAAUCGACGUAUUCUACAGACAAAUGAACUAUCAAGAAAUUACUCAACAAGUGGCUUUCGAUACAUUUUCACUGUUCUGUGAUAUUGGAGGUUCAAUGGGAUUGUUUCUUGGCGCUAGUUUAUUGUCACUUUGUGAAUUAUUGGACUUGAUCUGGAUUAACGUGUUCAAGACCAGAAAGGUAAAUUCAAAGGAAAUACUGGUUGCAGAAUGUGACAAAUUACACCAAACAGACAGUACUACAUCAUAAGAUAUAUCUGGGCAAUAUGGGAAAUGAAUUAGAUUAAUCAUUACUUUAACAAUACCGUGUUCAUGGUGAUUUUAGUUUUUAUCACGUAAUCUUAGUGUUUGAAUUUUAUUUGUAAAUAAAUAAUAUGCUUUA